GAGACGGCGGUAAUUGAGGUUGACAGUGAGCUGAUCAGCGAAUCCCACAGCGAACAACACGCCUGACUGAGUGGUCCACUCCACGUCUCCUCAACGGUGCAGCAAGACAAUGUCGGGACCGAGGCCUGUGGUGCUGAGUGGCCCGUCCGGAGCGGGCAAGAGCACACUGAUGAAGAGGCUCAUGAAGGACCACGAAGGAGUGUUUGGAUUCAGUGUGUCACACACAACAAGGAACCCUCGCCCUGGAGAGGAAAAUGGCAAAGGCCUCAACACGCUCCCUUUGCUUCUGGGGGCUACUUUACUGCCCGUAGCAGAUGCCUUUUCCUCCGAAGACUUAGACACGUCAUUUUCGUGUCCAAAUGAAUCAGAAACCACACAUGAAGAUUACCACUACACCACCCGAGAGGCCAUGCAGGAGGGCAUCCAACGCGGCGACUUCAUCGAGAACGCCGAGUUCUCUGGCAACCUGUACGGAACAAGUAAAGCUGCCAUAGAAGACGUGCAGGCCAAAAACCUGAUCUGCAUUCUGGAUGUGGACAUCCAAGGAGUGAGGAGGAUUAAAGAGACGGACCUGAACCCCAUCUACAUCUCCAUCCAGCCUCCAUCGAUGGAGAGUCUGGAAAAACGUCUGAGAGACCGACAGACCGAGUCAGAGGACAGUUUACAGAAACGUCUGGAGGCAGCUCGCAUUGAUAUGGAGCUCAGUAAGGAGCCAGGAGUGUUUGACGUUGUCAUUAUCAACGACGACUUAGAACGCGCUUAUGAGGAGCUGAAGGAGAUCCUUAGUGAUGAAAUCCAAAAGGUUCAGGAGACCAAAUCCUAAAAUGAGAAAUUCAUCAGCAUCUCAGAGUGUGACAAAGUGCUGCAUGUUCACCAACUUCUGUGAACAAAGCAAAUAAUAAAGUCUCCCCUGGAGAAAUGUUGUCUUUUCCCCUCUGUGUGUAAUGGCGAGAGAUGGAAGUUGGUGUCAUUAGAUGUAUUUAAGCCAGUGGUUAACAUUGAAACAAUAUGAGGAGCUCAUUGCACUCCCUGUUUUUCUUUUGUUAGAUGGUAAUUUAGUCAAGACAAAAUGUUUGAUGGCUACGAUUAUUGCUGUUUCUCUUCCUGCCAUUGUUGUGAUCUUCUUAAAUGGGAGGGAGCCUGAAUCUGACAUUAUAUUAAGUCCAACACUAGAAUACUAUGUCCGUAUCAAACAUUCUGCCUCAUACUAAAAGGGCGUUUUUAAACCUAUAAUCACCUUUCCGUGUGAUGCAAUGAGGCUCUAUACAAUUACACAGCUACUGUUAAUUUCAAAAUAUCUUAUAUUGGAUGUCACAGUGUGCAGCAGUACCUAUUGAGUUGAUGGUGAGUGUACCAAAACUGCAGCACUCAAAAUAUCCGGAUGUAGGUUUUGGUUUGUUUACAAGUAAAGCUAAAUAAAUAAGAUGAUGACAAUUACUGGUCAAUUUAAUGCCAUUUAUUUCACCUGUCAUCCGGUAAUUAAUAUAAGCAGGUGGUUGACAAUAAAUUGGAUUACUGAAACAUCCAACCUAACAAAAAUCUCAUUUACACACAAAACAGAAAGAUCUGAACAAUGUGAUAUUUAAAUUAAAAUGUGACAUGCACAGAGAAUUAACGUUAUCAAGUUCACACUCACUCGCUGAACAUUAUCCCUGAAAUGUUUGCAUUUAAACCGGAGGCCCCCCC